AUGACGAUUGACCCAGAAAAAAAAUUGUACGUAGCGUUAUAUGUACUUGGAACACCUGAUUCAUACAGGUCUAUAACAACCAAAUUUGUAGUUGGAAAAGCUACUACAUGGCGAGCUGUAUUAAGAGUUGUUAAAGCUCUUUGUAAAUUGCGAUCCUAUUUCAUUCAGUGGCCAAAUGAACUACAAUGCCAGGAAACUGCUGAAAGCCUUGAGGAGAAUUAUGGAUUUCCUGGAGUGAUUGGUGCGGUGUUUGAAUUGAUGAUGGUGGUAACAAACUAA